AUGAGUUCAGUUUCAGAGCCGUUGGUGAGGGGGGGCAGUGGCAGGUCGGCCCCAAAGAGACACAAGAGCGUCCGGAAGAAUUCUCGGAGACUCUACUCCUCGUACCAGGACCACCAGGGCUCUUCAGACGAUGAGGACAAAGAGGAUGAGCGCGUGGAGAGCGACGAUCCCGAGGAGAUGUUCCAGAACAUUCAACACCAAAAAGAAAUCAUUGCCAACAUCCGGACCCGCCCAUGGCCCAUGAGACGCAAACUCAAAGUGCUCAAACAGGCCAGAGAGAUCGUACUGAAGUAUGAAGGCAGACUGACCAGGACUAGAGGAUACCAGACCGCAGGAGCUGACCUUUUGAAGAAACUUUCCCGCCUGCUUUACAACAUUGUGGUCCUGUUCAUUCCGUGGGAGGUCAGGAUCAAGAAGAUUGAAAGUCACUUUGGGUCAGGUGUGGCCUCGUACUUCAUCUUCCUACGGUGGCUGUUUGGGAUCAACAUCGUACUGACUAUCAUGACUGGAGCAUUUAUUGUGUUACCAGAGCUUUUGGCCGGAGCUCCGUUUGGGACGACUCGGAGUAAAACUAUCCCCAAAGAGCAUCUGGCAUCAGCCCAGGACUUGGACACGAUCUGGUCGCUCGGGGGAUAUCUCCAAUACUCUGUGUUGUUCUAUGGAUACUACGGCAGUGUCAGAAAGAUCGGCAGUGCAGGAUACAGACUGCCUCUCGCCUACUUCCUGGUUGGAAUGGCUGUCUUUGCCUACAGCUUCAUCAUUUUGCUCAGAAAAAUGGCUAAAAACUCGCGUCUGAGUUUGGCGAGUGCGUCAGACGAGAACUUCACCUUCUGCUGGAGAGUGUUCUGUGCCUGGGACUAUCUGAUCGGGAACCCAGAGGCAGCGGAGAGCAAGGGGGCCGCCAUCGUCAACAACAUCAGGGAGGCUAUUUGUGAGGAGCAAGAGAAGAAGAAAGACACCAGCCUUGCCGUGUUGAUCAGCCUGAGGAUCUUAGCCAACAUCCUGGUUCUCUUGUCUCUUGCCGGUAGCAUUUACAUCAUUUAUUUUGUGGUAGACCGCUCGCAGAAACUGGAGCAGGAGAAGCCCGAGCUGACUCUGUGGGAGAAGAACGAGGUGAGUGUGGUCGUGUCCCUCAUCACCAUGAUUGCGCCAUCUGCUUUUGAGUUGGUGGCUCAGCUCGAGAUGUACCACCCAAGAACGUCUCUGCGUUUUCAGCUCGCCAGGGUCCUUGUUUUGUAUCUGGGGAAUCUCUACAGUCUCAUUAUUGCACUGCUGGACAAGGUCAACAGUAUGAGCUCUGCUAUUCCUGUCACAUCCUCAAAUUGGACAGACUCAAGCUCGUUCCUGGCUACAAUCUCGCAGCCUGAAGGCAUGUCUACCCCAGUGCCCAGGAACAUUAGCACGUUAGCCACUGUCGCUACUGUUUUGGACCCUGCCGACACCACCAGAGGCAGCAUCGCACUGGCUCUCUCCAAUCAGACCACUGUGUUUGAGAAGAACAAGCAGGAUCAGUGCUGGGAGACCUACGUGGGACAGGAGAUGCUGAAGUUGUCCAUUAUAGACAUGAUCUUCACUGUGGCCAGUAUCCUGCUCAUCGACUUCAUCAGAGGGCUGGUGGUGAGAUAUCUGAGUGACUGCUGCUGCUGGGACCUCGAGAGCAAGUUUCCUGAAUAUGGAGAAUUCAAAAUAGCUGAGAACGUCCUACAUCUCAUUUACAACCAGGGAAUGAUCUGGAUGGGGGCAUUCUUCUCCCCGUGUCUACCUGCCUUUAAUGUCUUGAAGCUGAUUGGUUUGAUGUAUCUGAGGAGCUGGGCAGUCCUCACCUGCAAUGUGCCACAUCAGCAAGUGUUCAGAGCAUCUAGAUCAAAUAACUUUUACCUGGCAAUGCUGCUGUUCAUGCUGUUCCUGUGUAUGCUGCCCACCAUCUUUGCCAUAGUCAGAUAUAGACCCUCCCAGCACUGUGGCCCAUUCAGCGGUCAAGAGAAGAUCUACGACAUCAUUUCAGAGACGGUUGAGAAAGAUUUUCCUUUGUGGUUUGGUAAAGUCAUGAACUAUGUCACCAGCCCCAUCGUAGUCCUGCCUGCUCUUCUGCUGCUAUUCAUGCUCAUAUACUACCUGCAGUCCAUCGCUCGAUCAUUGAAAUUCACCAAUAACCAACUAAGACUCCAGCUUCAGACGGAGCGAACAGAGGACAAGAAGAAAGUUUUCCAGAUGGCUGCAGCCCGACUGCAGGGCCCGGAGCCCACAGCUGAGCCAAGCACAGAACAGCAAGAGAGCGACAUCACCAGUCACGAGGCGUCCAUCCAGACCCCGUCUCCACGGCGAAACGGCAGCGUCACAAACUUCCAAUCUCCUGUUCGCCGUGGCAACAGCAUCAGGACCAUCACCCAGUCUGCCUCCAGGUCCGAGCUGAACCAUGGGGCGGCGCCAGGAACAUCCCGAAGUCCAUCAGUGUCUGUCCUGCCCAAGCACAGGCUGGAGCACAGGCCCCCACCGUCACAUAGUGGUCACAGUGGUCAUAGUGCUGCUAGCAGAUCCAAGUCCUACCACCAGGUGGUGUACAGUCCUCGUUAUUCUGACCACUUGACCUCUGAACCUGUGUACAGAAAGACCAUCCACACGCUCCAUCCUGUGGAGAGGAUCAUCACAGCUCAAAGCUUCGGAGGCCGGAGGGGUCACACUACUCGCUAUGUCAUCGUCAAUGAACAUGAGCCACGGAAACACCUUCUGCGAUCGGCAACCAGAAUUCCACGGCACUACCUAAUGGAGGAGCCCGCUGAGAUCCUAGAGCUGUACCCAAGAAACUUCAAACGCUACACAUCCCGCGCCCUGCACCAUCAGCCACACCUCCACCGAGCCCACCAAUCACAGCACAACCUGAGCGAGGAAGAGGAGGAUGAAGAGGAGCAGGGGCCUAGCACCAGGAGGAGAAUGCCUUUGGGAAAGACCCUCAGACCCAAGUCUCUGUCCGACCUGCACCAGCCUGCACACUUCUACAUUGGAGAGAGAGCUGAGAGCCAGAGCUCCAUGGCCAAGGGCCCGUAUGAGGCCCCAGAGGAGGGGGAGGGGGACUGGGGAGAGGUACAGCGUAAAGCCCCUCCUCAGGCUAAAGGCAGGGGGGCCGACCAGGUGGUGCGCACCCGGAGGUACGUCCCAUCUUCAGGGAGGCACAGUGGAUCCCCGUCCAGAGGCAGACAUGUGGAGGCUCACGUCAAACCAAAGACCAGGCCGAAAGUGGACACGGCUCUGACCGAGUCGGACUCAGCGUCCGUGGCCUCCAGCAGUGACCAGCAGAAUAGCAGUGUGGACCAGUACAUCCAAGUCAUCCACAACAAGGAGCGCUUUGUGAAAGCAGAUGCUCGCCACGGAAAACUGGCCAAGAAGAAAUCGAAGACAACCUUUGACCCCAAUGUCACUGAGGUCAAUGACCUGGUCUGCUCCAACGUCUGA